AUGGCGUCCAACGCGGCCUUGUUGUGGCAGGAUGUGAAUUCAGAGGAGUCCUGGAAGCCGCUGAUUUAUCCGUUCAUCUUUUGGGCGUCCUCGUAUCUGUAUUGUCAGCUGCCACCAACACGAAGAAGAAGACAGGACAAGACGUUGGAAUGGCACGAAUGGCACGCACUGCACAACCUGCACAACGCGGGUGCGAUUCUUCUGGCUCUAGGAUCUCUUUUGCUGCACGACGACACGAUCUUGAACGAACGAUUCGGCAUUCUCUUUAGCUUGUCUUAUUUUCUGGUUGAUUUGGUCGAUACUACCACGCGUCUCGAUGGACCGUACAUUCUCCAUGCCGUCAUGGUGUUGGUAUUGGCGACCUUCAACUACACCACACCACUGCAUCGCCAAUUGCGCAUGAAUUCCAAGGCAGCGCUGCUCGAGACCAGUACUCCCUUUUUGUAUCAUGCCAAACAAACCCGGAAUCCAAUUCACUUUUGUCUGUUUGCCAUUGUGUUCACGCUCUGCCGCAUCAUUUGGCUGCCAAUCAUGAUGCUGCAAUUAAGAGACCAUGACUUGCCAUGGAACGAUAUACGACUCAUCAUCGUCAUGGCUUUCUACGCACUCAAUCUAUUCUGGUAUGCCAAAAUACUCAGAAUUAUCAUUACAGAAGGAAUCAACUUGAUCCAAGCACGCAAGACAAAGACACAGUGA